AUGCCACACCUGGACGUCUACAAGGGCGGCGAGAUCGUCGAGACCAUCGCCCUGAGUGCGAGCAAGCGGCGCUACACGGUGGGGCGGCAGGAGGGCGUCGCCGACAUCCUCCUCACGCACGCCUCCAUCUCGCGCGAGCAGGCGACGCUCACCGUCUCCGCGUCCGGCUCGGUCGUCGUGACGGACCUCGGCUCCGCGCAGGGCACCUACAUCUCGGGCAAGCCAAUCGAGCCGCGCAAGCCGCACCUGCUCGCCGCCGGCCGCUCGCUCGUCUUUGGCAAGCAAGGGGCCCUCUUCCACGGCGCUCGCUUCGGGGAGUGGAACGCGCUGCGUGCGAAGGGAGUUGGGGGGGCGACGGCCGGCCCGGAGGCUGGCGAGGUGGCUGGCGAGGCGCCGCCGCUGGCGCUGGUGGCGUGCGCGCCGAGCGGUGGCGACGGGUCGUUGGGCGUGCACUUGCUGCGGCGCGUCUCCGGAGCGCGAGACGGCAGCGCGCCCUAG